CUGCGUCCAGUUGACCUAGAGAAAUGAAAUUAUUAUCUUCACUUCCUUAUUUUUCACUUCUAUCUUUCAUUAAUGAUUCUCUUCUUCUUAUCCCAUCCCAGUUUCAGGCAGUGAAAUAGAAGGUAAUAAUUGAAUAAAAAAUCACAAGUCCAACACUUUUUUCGCUAUUGACAAUCGAUGUCACAUUCGAUCUGUCAUCGUUUCCGUGACGCCAAGUUCGUGGUUGUUUACAAUAACAAAUAACAUUUGUUAACGUUUAAUUCACUACAUCGUUCGUUCAAGAAUAUCGCCCUUGUUCUAAUACCAUUUUGAUGCUUUUUGAAUACGAGAUUUUGUUUGAAGUUUCAGUUUAUCAAAAUGAUCGUGGAAUAUGGCUGAACUACAUAUCAUUGGCCAAAUAAAAUCUGCCAAGGAUUUUCAAGCGGCGAAUCUAUUCUGUAAAUGGAGUUUUCAUAUCGGUGGUGGCUGGAAACUAAUUGACGGAACUGCAGAAGGUCAAACUCAAGAAUGUUGUGAUUUUUAUACUGAUAUUCCAGUCUGGGAUCAGCCCAUAGAUUUGCAUUAUACAACACAAACUCUUCAAGGUUCUCCAAAACUACUCCUUCAGAUAUUUUGUCGUGACGAUCAUGGCAGGGUUCUGUUUGUCGCUUAUGGGGUGAGUUCUGUUCCCCUAACACCAGGGGCUCAUAGUAUCACCUGCCACACCUGGAAGCCGAUUGGUAAUUGGCAAGACAGAUUGAGGGACAAAUUUCUUGGUAUAAGUCUGCAACUAAAAUCGCCCAAUGCUUUAGCAAAUACAGAAGACAGAUUUGAGUUGCUGACUCAGGCAAUGGGCACUGUGAAUAUUGAAUUGCACAUACUGGCUAGAAAUUUCGAUAAAUUUGGAUGCCGUUUGUAG